CCCGGGCCGCCGCGUCCGCCCGCCCUUAAAGGGCCCACGUCCCAGAAAACUCGCUGGCCAACCCGGCGUCCAGUCGCUACGACCUAUCGCUCCCCUCACCCUCCCGACUCUCCUCCCUCGCGGCCGCCCUCGCCGGCUGCUUCCCCUCCCCUUUCCCGGCGUCUCCGGGCUCCCGGCAACCAGCGCCCCCGGUUCUCCCGGCCCUGGCCGGGGGCUGCAGGGUCUCGGGGAGUUGCUCAGCCCCUCGUGACCUGGGACCCCUUCCCGUAGCUCCCCUUCCCCACCCCACCCCGCCGCCCCCUCCCCUCCGGGGCCCCUAGGAGCGUCUCCGCGGCUCCUGGGAGGGGACGUUUCCUAAUCUCGGACCGGGGUUAAAGUUCUGGUCCUGGUGAGAUGCUGGAAGCUGCGGCCGCAGCCGCCACCCGUCCCGGAGGUGUCCUGUCGCCUGUCGCCGCCGCCGCCACAGCCGCCGCCACAGCCGCCCUGCCGGGGCCAUGUUCGCUCUGGGCUUGGCCUUCUUGGCGCUCUUGGUGGCCUCGGUCGAGAGCCAUCUGGGGGCCCUGGGGCCCAAGAACGUGUCGCAGAAGGACGCCGAGUUUGAGCACACCUACGUGGACGAGGUCAACAGCGAGCUGGUCAACAUCUACACCUUCAACCACACUGUGACCCGCAACCGGACUGAGGGCGUGCGCGUGUCCGUGAACGUCCUGAACAAGCAGAAGGAUGCGCCCUUGCUGUUUGUGGUCCGCCAGAAGGAGGCUGUGGUGUCCUUCCAGGUGCCCCUGAUCCUGCGAGGGCUGUAUCAGCGCAAGUACCUCUACCAAAAGGUAGAACGGACGCUGUGCCAGCCCCCCACCAAGAAUGAGUCUGAGGUCCAGUUCUUCUAUGUGGACGUCUCCACCCUGUCACCAGUCAACACCACGUAUCAGCUCCGGGUCAUCCGGAUGGACAACUUUGUGCUCAGGACCGGGGAGCAGUUCAGCUUCAAUACCACCGCAGCGCAGCCCCAGUACUUCAAGUACGAGUUCCCUGAGGGAGUAGACUCGGUGAUCGUCAAGGUGACCUCCAACAAGGCCUUCCCCUGCUCGGUCAUCUCCAUCCAGGAUGUCCUGUGCCCCGUCUAUGACCUGGACAACAACGUAGCCUUCAUCGGAAUGUACCAGACGAUGACUAAGAAGGCCGCCAUCACUGUGCAGCGCAAAGACUUCCCCAGCAACAGCUUUUACGUGGUAGUGGUGGUGAAGACUGAAGACCAGGCCUGUGGGGGUUCCUUGCCUUUCUACCCCUUUGUAGAAGAUGAACCGGUCGAUCAAGGGCACCGCCAGAAAACCCUGUCGGUGCUGGUGUCUCAAGCAGUGACGUCCGAGGCCUACGUGGGUGGCAUGCUCUUUUGCCUGGGCAUAUUCCUCUCCUUCUACCUGCUGACCGUCCUGCUGGCCUGUUGGGAGAACUGGAGGCAGAGGAAGAAGACCCUGCUGGUGACUGUAGACCGAGCCUGCCCUGAAAGCGGUCACCCUCGGGUCCUGGCUGACUCCUUUCCUGGCGGCUCCCCAUAUGAGGGUUACAACUAUGGCUCCUUUGAGAGCGGCUCGGGCUCCACGGACGGGCUGGUGGACAGCAGCGGCACGGGCGACCUCUCCUAUGGUUACCAGGGGCUCGACCAGUUCAAGCGACGCCUCCCCUCUGGCCAGAUGCGGCAGCUGUGCAUUGCCAUGGACCACUCGUUUGAUCCCGGGGCCACCCGGCCACGACUGGACUCCACGAGCUCCGUGGAAGAGGAUGACUAUGACACCUUGACCGACAUCGAGUCAGACAAGAAUGUCAUCCGCACCAAGCAAUACCUCUACGUGGCCGACCUGGCGCGGAAGGACAAGCGCGUCCUGCGGAAAAAGUACCAGAUCUACUUCUGGAACAUCGCCACCAUUGCAGUCUUCUAUGCCCUGCCCGUGGUACAGCUGGUGAUCACCUACCAGACGGUGGUGAAUGUCACAGGGAACCAGGACAUCUGCUACUACAACUUCCUGUGUGCCCACCCGCUGGGCAACCUCAGCGCCUUCAACAACAUCCUUAGCAACCUGGGGUAUAUCCUGCUGGGGCUGCUGUUCCUGCUCAUCAUCCUGCAGCGGGAGAUCAACCACAACCGGGCCCUGCUGCGCAACGACCUGUACGCCCUGGAAUGUGGGAUCCCGAAACACUUUGGCCUGUUCUAUGCCAUGGGCACAGCCCUGAUGAUGGAGGGGCUGCUUAGUGCUUGCUAUCAUGUCUGCCCCAACUAUACCAAUUUCCAGUUCGACACGUCGUUCAUGUACAUGAUCGCCGGCCUUUGCAUGCUGAAGCUCUACCAGAAGCGGCACCCGGACAUCAACGCCAGCGCCUACAGCGCCUACGCCUGCUUGGCCAUCGUCAUCUUCUUCUCUGUGCUGGGCGUGGUGUUCGGCAAAGGGAACACGGCCUUCUGGAUCGUCUUCUCCAUCAUCCACAUCACCGCCACGCUGUUGCUCAGCACACAGCUCUAUUACAUGGGCCGCUGGAAGCUGGACUCGGGGAUCCUGCGUCGCAUCCUGCAUGUGCUCUACACGGACUGCAUCCGGCAGUGCAGCUGGCCCCUCUAUGUGGACCGCAUGGUGCUGCUGGUCAUGGGCAACAUCAUCAACUGGUCCCUGGCUGCCUACGGGCUCAUCAUGCGCCCCAAUGAUUUCGCCUCCUACUUGCUGGCCAUCGGCAUCUGCAACCUGCUGCUUUACUUUGCCUUCUACAUUAUUAUGAAGCUCCGCAGCGGCGAGCGGAUCAAGCUCAUCCCCCUGCUCUGCAUCGUGUGCACGUCGGUGGUCUGGGGCUUCGCCCUCUUCUUCUUCUUCCAGGGCCUCAGCACCUGGCAGAAAACUCCGGCAGAGUCGAGGGAGCACAACCGGGACUGCAUCCUCCUCGACUUCUUCGAUGACCACGACAUCUGGCACUUCCUCUCCUCCAUCGCCAUGUUUGGGUCCUUCCUGGUGUUACUGACACUGGACGACGACCUGGAUACCGUCCAGAGGGACAAGAUCUACGUCUUCUAGCAGGAGCCCAGCCCUCCGCUUCACCUGGUGGGGCUCUGAGCCCCAGUGUCACCUGCUGGGCACCUCUGUAGUGCCAGGGGUGUGAGUCCCAGCCCUAUUGCCCAGGGCUGGGUGGCAGCGGGACAGCGAGGUCUAGGCCAGGCCUGGCCUGGCCUGGGACAGUCAUGGGUGUCAUUGAACCUUGCAGCUGCCCUCUGCUGGGAAGGAGGUCUGCCCCUCCCCUGAAACCCUACACAUGGGGGCCAAAUUGCUACUUCACUCUCAGUGUUGGGGCCCCCCAUGGCCGCCUUCCGUGGGCUGUCCUGAGGAAGGAGGGAAGGCGUCGGUCCCCCCAUUUCACGCCUCGCAUCCUGCAGUCCUGCCCUCCCGCGCAGCCUGGGAACCAAACCACUUCCUCCUUCCACGCCCCUGCUCCGGGGCCCCAGUGUGGGGCCCAAUUUUCUGUCCUGCACCAGGGCCCCCGUUCUGCUUGGGCUCCACGUGGCUGCCAUGACUGCCCACCCCGCAGCCAGGAUGGGUGAGAGUGGAGGAUUUGGGGGUCUGGCCCGCUGGUGCCAGGCGUUUGGUGCUAAGGCCUGCAGGGGGCCCAGAGCAAGAUCCUCUUUCCGCUGGUCUGUGCCCAGGGCUGGCUUUUUCAGUGAGAAGAGCCUGCCCGUUUUGAAAUUCUUCUGAUUUGGGGGGGGGGGUGAUUCCGAGGUCACCUCCUCAUCCUGUCGCCCCCCUGCCAGACUGAUUCCGUCCCCAGGAUUAGGAUUAAUGGGAAAAGUGACACCCCUUCCCCUCCUCCAGUCCUGCCAAGCCCCAGCUGGGGACCUUUCAGUGCCAUUGACACUGCCCACAAAUGUCACGAAUGUCACGAGGCACAGGAGGGCUGAUGCGAAGCCCCACCUGCCUCCACCGGGAGCCCCAGUGCCUAGCUUAGAAGGGGUCUUCCCUCUCCGUCCCUGGCCUCAGCCCCACUCCAGGACCAGGGCUGGCUUCUGAGUUUCCAUCCGUCUUGAGCCAAGUUCUGUUAGUCACACAUGUGCGCACACAUGAAGCCUUGGAGUUUACAUGGAGUUGCCCCCAGCCCCGGGCCCCAUGGCCGUGCUGGCUUCCCCGCCCUACGCGUCCGUUGCAGAUGCCAGCGAUGGGGGAGACUGCGUGGGGCCUAUGCUCUGGGCUGCGGUGGGUUUCUCUGCCAGCCUUGUUCUUAGAGCCCUCCCUGGGCUGGGGAGAGGGGCUGAGGCUGGGUCUUCGCUCAGAACUCCAUUUUGUGUCUGUCCAGGCUACGGUUGCAUUUCCGUUUUCUAUGAAUGAGUGCAUUCAAUAAAGAAACAAGCAGGUGCGGUU